AUGUCAGUGUGGGGCAACGACAGCUCCAGCCUGUCCUACACCAGCUUCCUCCUGCUGGGCUUCCCGGGGCUGCAGGAGGCCCGCACGCUCCUGGUGCUGCCCUUCCUCAGCCUCUACCUGGCCAUCGUCUCCACCAACGCCCUGGUCAUCCACACGGUGGCGGCCCAGCGGCGCCUGCACCAGCCCGUGUACCUGCUCAUCGCCCUGCUGCUGGCCGUCAACAUCUGUGCCGCCAGCGCCGUGCUGCCCCCCAUGCUGUUCAGCUUCUCCGCCCGCUUCAGCCGCGUCUCCCUGGCGCGCUGCCUGGCCCAGAUGUUCUGCAUCUACUUCCUCAUCGCCUUCGACUGCAACAUCCUCCUGGUCAUGGCCCUGGACCGCUACGUUGCCAUCUGCAACCCACUCCGCUACCCACAGGUAGUGACCGGCCGGCUGCUGGCCUGCCUGGUGGGGGCGGCGGCGGCCAGGAGCACGGGUAUUGUGGCUCCGGUGGUGGGGCUGGCCUCCCGGGUACGCUUCUGCCGCUCGGAUGUGAUCCACCACUUCGCCUGUGAGCACAUGGCCCUGAUGAAGCUCUCCUGCAGUGGGGCUCACUGUCCGCAUCUUCAACCGAGUCCUGGACAUGCUGCUGCUCGGCGCCUCCUACUCCCGCAUCCCCCGCGCCGCGUUCCGCCUUUCGCCGGGCAGGGCACGCGCCAAGGCCCUGGACACCUGUGGCUCCCACCUGCUGGUCAUCUUCACCGUCUACUCCUCCACCAUGUCCUCGUCCAUCGUCUACCGCGUGGCCCGCACCGCCUCCCAGGAUGUGCACAACCUGCUCAGCGCCUUCUACCUACUGCUCCCCUGUCUGAUCAACCCCAUCAUCUACGGGGCCAGGACCAAGGAAAUCGGCAGCACCUGGGGCUUCUGUUCCGAAAGGCACGGCUGCAGGUCCCCGCUGGGAAGGCCCAGUCCCUGCCCUCACACAGGGAGCUUCCUGCCUGA